AUGCGUCCUUCUAUCACUAUCGUUGGUUUUUUAAUUGCCUCUGCAGUCGCCCUAGGUAUCACUCAAGCUUCAAAAGAUACCUACAAUCUCUUGAACUAUGCCGAAAACCUGAACGGUGUUGCCGUUUGUGUUGAGCAGAUCGGCGGAAUCCAAAAGCCAUUUAAAUGUCUGGGUCAUUGUGACGACUUCCCUGAUAUGGAGCUAAUCACCACAUUUCAUCCAAAGAAGCUGUUUGAUUUCUCUACCACAGGAUUUUUGGCUAUUGAUCACAAGAGAAAGCAGUUCUGGCAUGUUUUCAGGGGUACGGCCUCACUCACGGAUGGAAUAUCGAACCUGAGACUGGAGAGACAACCUCUGGUCUUUUGGGACAAUCCUGAGUUUGACUGUCCCGGUUGUGAAGCCCAUGAAGGGUUUCUGACGGCCUAUAACGAUGCCUAUGAUCAAAUCAGAGAUGUCCUCAACCAGACUUUGGCCCAGUAUCCAGACUAUCAAAUCAUCGUUACAGGCCAUUCUUUUGGUGGAGCGUCAUCCUUUCUCCAUGGAAUCAAUCUCAAGAGUCAAGGCAUGGAUCCGUUGGUAAUCACAUCUGGACAGCCACUCACUGGUAACAAGGCCUUGGCAGACUUCAAUGAUAAACUCUUCUUUGGAGACAAUCCAGAUUUUACCUACCAGGGGCCAGAUCGACGAUUCUAUAGAGUCACCCACAAGGAUGACCUGGUCCCUCGUCUUCCCUUUUGGAACCCCUUUCACCACAGUGGAGGAGAAGUUUACAUUGAUUAUCCUCUAACUAACCCUCCCCUACGGACCCUCAAGAUUUGCGAUGGUCAACAGAACCCCAGAUGCUCCUUCUCCACCUCUCUUAUAACAGCAGCCCUGUUAGGUACCCUGCAGCAAGCUCAUUUCAUGUACUUCACGUUUUUCUCCCUAGUCUGCGGUGUUAAUAUCGCUGGCCAUCUUGGACCUCCUUUGCAGUGA